AUGCAGUUCCUUCAGAACAUGUCCAUGAUGUGCGCAGUGAUCGUGGCGGAUCCCAGAAAGGUCCUGGAAACGGGAUCAGGAGAAGGUACACUGCAGGUUAGGGUUCCUCUCACUCUUCUCCCGCUGCUGUCCAGCCCGAAAUUUGAGCUGGGCGAUGCAGAUGACCCCAUGAGCAGCUACAUUUUCGGGAAGCGCAAGGAGAUCUUCCAGUACAACUUUGCUGGGUCUGUCAGCACGCAGUCCGGCUGGGUCAGCCUCAUCACAAGGCAGUCCCUCAAUGAGCUGCAGCCAGGGACUGUCCAAUGGAAAGCAUUGCAGUCAGCAGCAGAAGAGACUGGAGGCUCGCUGAAGGGCUCAAAGCCGGAUCAGCCAUUCCUAUUCGUGGGACAGAUCCUGGAGGCAGCCGGAGUGAAUGUGUACACCAGUCACGAAGGUCCAGAUGUUGAUGGAGUGCUGAUCACCACAAGCGAAUGA